UCUGUUUGCGAGAUUUCAGUUUCUCCAGGACUUGUGUUAUGGGAGAAUUUGGACCAAUCACGGGUCAGAGAUUUUCGAUUUGACACUUGAACAGCUGAUCAUCGUUCAUGUUCGUAAUUUUGUGUAAACAAAGAUAUUUGGAUAUUAAUUUGGAUAAACAAUUUAGUUAGAAUGAGAAUUGAGAAUGGUAGAAAAAUAUUAUGUAUUUGAAUUAUGUUGUGCUUAUUUAUAGGCUUUUUCGGGCCAUUUUUUAAAUGUGUGUGUACGAAUUAAUGAUUCAUUCAAAGUUUUUGAUAUUUAAAAUGGUAGAAACAACUUAUGUAUUUUAAUUAUGCUGUGCUUAUGUGUUUAUUUCUAGGCUUUUUCGGGCCAUUUUUUAAAUGUGUGUGUACCUACCGUUAAUGGGUAAUGUGUAUGAUUAUAUCUGGCAGGUAGAUAUUUGUCUUGUUUUGAAAGUUAAGACAAUUAAGGAAUCAUUCAUUCAUUCAAAGUUUUUGAUAUUUAAGAUAAAAAUUGUAGUAUUUAAUAGUAUAAAUGGACUUUUGAUUACCUUAUAGCUUUAUAUAUUUUAUUGAUACCUAGGUAUAAGCAAAAGCAUUGUAUUAUAAGUACAUAGAUGUACUACUGUAAGAACAAGAUGACAUUAGUUGUUUUUCUAUGGGCCAUUCCACGAACAUACGUCUGUUUUGGAUUACUUCGACAACAAAUAUUUUACUGUGCAUCAUAAGAAAUACGAAAGUAAAUGGUGCUAAUAAUUAUUCCAAUAAACAACAAUGUAAUUUGCAAUUUACUUUCGUUCUUCUUAUUUUGUACAGUAAAAUAUUCGUUGUCGAAGUAAUCCUAAACAGGCGUAUGUUCAUGGAAUAGGGUAUAUAAAGAAAUUAUGGAAAAUCCAAAAGUAUUCACCUUAUUAUUUUGAGUGACUUCAAGCAUAGAAAAAUGUCUUAUAAUGAAAGGUGAAAUACAUGCUAGGAAAUUAAAAAAUCUCAAUUAUUUUAUUUCUUUGAUUGUAACUUUUCUUUUGGAGUUUGAAUCUAACAAAAAUACCUCAUUUAGGUACUAGUUAAAAUUUUUUGUAAAAAUAUUUUGGUAAUAAAUUAAAACACUUGUAUUUGUACUUAAGGCAUAUUUAUUUUACAUUUUCAUAGUAUUAACAUUAUUACAUAAAUUAUACACACAUUAUUAUCAUAUUAUUAAUAACAACAAAUUUUAUCCACUCAUUGUUAUUGAGGUUUUACCUAAAAAUAUAUUAUAAAUUACAUUAUUAAAAGGUAAUACAAACUGGGAGAGGAGAGUAAGCUAUGGUUAUAUUUAGAGUCAGGAGAACAUCCACAGAAGAUGAAAGUUAUGUAAUGUUUAUUUAUGGACUUGCCAUUUUUACAAAUCAACUUAAAUUUAACUAAACUAUUAAAGCACAAUCUGAUUACAUAAAAAGGUAUUUUCAGUCUCAUUCUUAAUAGUAUUUAGUGAUAAAUGAAAAAAAUCUUUACUAUUAAUUUUGUUUGCAUUUCUACACAUUCUCUGUAAGGGUUUAUUUACAGCAGAGUUUCCCAACCGGUGGGUCGCGACCCACUAGUGGGUCGCAGGCAGAUUUUAGGCGGGUCACGGCGUGGCUCUUACGAUAGCUGAGUAGCGUACAUUAUAUAUCAUAAUAGGUGAGGGAUGGGUCGCGAAUAUGAAAAAACAUUAGAAGGUGGGUCGCCAGACAUAAAAGGUUGGGAACCACUGAUUUACAGUAUAAGUUCGAUUAUGAAAUUCUAAAUAAAGAGAAAUGGGGUAUGGAAGAGACAGUAAUCACAGUAAAAGAACGACCAAGUCAGGCAAUGUUUCAAAUGUUGAAACAUUUUGUGGUAUCUACUCCUUUUAACUGUAAGAAUGAGAUCUAUCAACCUGAUUUUUGACUGGCUGGUGUAUGGUAAAAAGAUUUGAUAUGAACCGUUAUAAAGACUUCUAUAAUUAAUAAGGUGGAAAUUUUUAAUGGAAAAUACAAGUGCAGUUGAAAGUGUUUUUCAUACUAAAAUUGCACUAAUACAUCAGAAUGUCCAAUCUAUUGGUGAUAAAAUUGACUCGUUAGAAGUUAUUGAAACAAUAGCAAAUACUUCUUAUUACAUAAGACAGGAAAAUAAAAGAUCAGCUUGCAGUACUUCAACUAAAUGACUUUUACCUUUGUGCUAGUUUUUGUAGAGAAAAGAAUGACAUGAAGGUGAUGCAGUGUAUCUGAGAAAUGGUCGGAUUGGAAAAGAAAGAGAAGAUAUUCAGUUAAUGUCACUAAAAAAUAUAUCAAAAUGUGAAGCUUGGGAAGGUGUUAUUUGAAAUGACCUAAUAAAUGAUUCUGAACUGUUAUUUUAAUUUUAUUUUAACCCCUUUACUUUACAACCCCAAUUUAUUGCAGUGUAGGUAUCUGAAUUCGCUCUACAGAGAUUCAUUUUGACACAUUCGGAAUAGGAAACAUACAUCACAAAAAUUCCUAUCUCACACUAUUGACUGCUCAAAUCAACUUAAUCUUUCAUUAAAAAAGAAUUAUUAGAAAUAGUGGGAGUAUAGGUAUCUAUACUAAUCUCUAAAAAUGUUGUGGAGUUUAUUUCUACAAAAUUUUUUUAUUUUGUACAAUAAAUAAUUUUGGUAACUCAAUAAUCAAAGUUAAGUUUGGUAUCAAAGUAAAGUACAAGUGAUAACCUUUCAUCUGACCAGAAAAACUUCGUAAAACAGUUUUAUUUUAAUGGUCUACAUUGCAUUAAACUGGUAAUUAACGUAAUUCUUUUUACCAAUAUAAAAACUAAUUUCAUUUUUAUGGUGUGAACCAGGUCAUUUCUGACUCGUUUUGUUUAUGUUAAUGAGUUCUGAACUCAAAAGGCAGUGGCGUAUCAAUUUUGAACUGGAAUAAAUUUUAUUAAAUAAUCCAGUACCAUGGGAUCAACAGGAAAAUGUGCUAAAUGUAAUUAUGAUUGUGUGUUUAAAGAAAGCAAAACGGAAUUGUUUGGUUUUCCUUGUGACCUAUGUAAAAGAAUUUAUUGCAAGAAGUGUUCCAACGUCUCCUCUUCUAAAAUUCGUGUUAUAGUGAUGGUAUCUAGAGUUAUGCCUUUUUAUUGCCCCCCAUGUCGAGAAAAUGUAAUUGGGAUUCCAGAUCUUAUAAAACGUAUCAAUGUAGUAGAAGAGGCUGUUCAAGAUCAUAACUCCAACACUCAGGGAAAAUUCAUUUCUAUUGAACAACGUAUCAUAAGAAUUGAGGAUACAAUUAAUAAUUUAACUACUGCCGCAAAUGAGUCUUCGAGCAUUAGUUCUAACAGUAAGAAUGUCAAAAUAGAUGCUACUAACUCCAUCUGCCCAUUGGAAAGUAACGUUGAUGCAUUUCUGGAAGAAUUGAAAGAAAGAAAAAAGAAAUCAAGUAAUCUGAUUAUUUACAAUUUGGAUGAAUCUACCAAGCAUACAGUCCAUGAGAAAGAAGCUGAUGAUCAUAGCAGAGUUGUAGCUGCUCUAACUACCAUUUGCAGUAGUGUGAAUUUAAAACAUGUUUUUCGUCUUGGCAAAAAAACUAAUGUAGUCAAUGCUAAGCCUAGGUUAAUCAAAGUAGUAUUAAACUCUGAAACAGAAGUGCUUAAUAUUUUGAAAAUAAAAAUAAAGUUGAUAAGACUGUGUUAGGUAAUUUACAGAUAAAAUCUGACUUAACUAAACUUCAACGUGAUUAUCUUUUGAAAGUAAGAACUGAGUUAACUAGUAGGGUUGCGAAUGGUGAGACUAACUUAACCAUUAGGUAUAUUAAGGGGGUACCCAAAAUAAUGGCAGCAAAAAACUAACAACUUCCAAUACAGUAAACCAACAGCUUUCUUAUUGUAAUAAUGUAAAUAGUAUUUAUCAGAGUAUACCUGUUAAUACGGAUAUUAUAUAUGUAAAUGCUCAAAGUAUAAUUGGUAAUUAUGAUCAAAUAUGUCAAAGUUUACUUUGCUAUAAUCCUAAAGUGUUGCUACUUAGCGAAACUAGAACAACUUCUGAUGUUGAAGAGAAGGAAAUUUACAUUGAAAAAUACAAAUGCAUUCGAUGUGAUUCAACUAGUCGCCAUACUGGCGGAGUCUUAAUAUAUAUUCAAAGUAGUUGUGAGUAUU